AUGAACCCUAAAACCCCACAGGCUCUGCCGGAGUACCACCGAAUGCUGCGCACAGUGGCCAAGCAGUACUGCCACAUGCGCACCGUGCUGCGACAGCUGGGAGUCAUCGCAGCCCCCCUCAAGACCGCAUCCCGGGAGUGGUUCUGCUAUGCCGAGUUCCGAUGGGCUGUCUCUAUGGUGAUGAUGAGGCAGACGCAGGUGCCAGUGUCAGCAGAGGCACUAGAGGCAGCAGUGAAGAAGAACCCCAGUGCUGCCGCUGCUGGUGUUGCAGGCACCCCUGCUGAAGCUGCUGCCACUGCUGCUGCUACUGCCGCUGCUGAAGCUGCUGCUGCUGCUAGCUCUGCUGCUGCUGGUGAUGCUGUUGCUGGCGAUGCUGGUGGUGGUGAUGCUGCUGCUGGUAGUGCUGACGCUAGUGCUGUCCCUGCUGCUGACGCGUCAGCUGCAGCAGCAGCUGCUGCGCCUGUUCGUCAAGUUAUGGCGCUCAUCCCCUUUAUAGACAUGUUCAACCAUGAGGAGGGUCCUAUAACGAGUACGUUUGGCGGUGGGAGCAACGUGAUGGAGGUCACUGCCAAGCGCAACUUCAAGGCCGGCGAGCAGGUGUACCUGUCGUACGGCUAUCGCCCCAACACUAUCAUGCUGCUUUACUCGGGCUUCAUCCCUAGCUCCAACGACAGAGACCGCUUCCGCAUACCACUGGAGCUGUCACCCUCCGACCCACUCUACAAUAAGAAGCUGGCACUCCUCAAGUGGCUGGAGCUACCGCCCUCCACCCAUCUGGACCUCUUCUGGACUGGCAAGCCAUCUCCGGAGCUGGCCACAUGGCUUAGAGUGGCGACCACCACUGAUGAGGCGCAGAUCACAGAGGAUCUGCGAGGAGCCAUUGCUGCACGCGCCAAGGAGACAGCUGAACUACUGGAGGCACAUGGGAAGGAUAAAGCAACAACAAACGGCCAUGCUGAACCAACCAGCAAACCAGCCAGCAGUGCAGAUGUAACUCUGACCAAGGCUCAAGCCGACCUGCUCAGCAGUAUCUGCCAACGCAAGCUUCAGGAGCUUCAAGCAGGAGCCACAGCAGCAUCACCUGCACCUGCUGGUUUAGGCUUGGGUGGAGGCUUGGACGCUCGUUCGGCAGGAGCCAAGGCGUGUGAGAAGGAACUGCAGUUGGCUCGGCAGCUAAGGGAGGCGGAGGAAGGGGCUUUGAGCAAGGCACUGGAGAUGUGUGGUCUAGUGAGCGCUUAA